AUCGGUUUUUUUUUUUUUUUUAGCCUCAUCACAAUCACCGUUGUUUGAAGAAUUCCAACAAUACUUAAAAAAGCAAAAAAAUAUAGAAAUAAACACAUAGCGGAACUAUAUUACUUCGAUUACAGGCACUGUGGACUCAACGUUUCCAGCUGGUUGUUUCCAUUACGAGAGGGGGAAGCAAAAACACUGCCGAUCGCAGAGAGUUUGAUUGACUGGUCGUCCAUCCAGUGAGCAUGGAGGCAGGAGAAGACCAGACCAACUCCAGCUCAGCCAAUAGCAGUGCAGCAUCAGGGGGAAACUCCCGCCCCCCUCAGAUAGCUCAAAUGUCUCUUUAUGAAAGGCAAGCUGUGCAGGCUCUGCAGGCAUUACAGAGGCAGCCCAAUGCAGCUCAGUACUUCCAGCAGCUGAUGCUCCAGCAGCAGAUCAACAGCGCUCAACUCCACAACCUGGCUGCUGUGCAACAGGCAACUCUUGCAGCCAGUCGUCAGUCCAGCUCUCCCAGUAACAGCGUCUCUCAAGCUACAAGCACAGCACAAUGCACAGUGAACUUAAGUACCACUUCUGGCGGAGGGACCAUGUCAAACCCCCGUCCGAUAGGACCUGCCACCUUGGCAACAUCAACAGCCCUUAGCCAGUCAGUUUUGUUAGGUGGAAACUCUGGUGGACAGGGUCAGAUGUACCUGAGAGUAAACCGCUCUCUCAAGACACCUCUCGCCCCUCAGCUCAUUUUCAUGCCUGGUGGUACAGCGACAGCUGCUGUGGCAACGGUUGCCCAACAGCAAACCCAGCAGCAGCAACAGGAAACGACUCCUACAUCCUCAAGUAACCAGUCAGACAAUGAUCAGGUACAGAACUUGGCAAUGCGUUGCGUGUCCACUCCAAGGGUGGCUACUGUGAAGACCGAGUUUGCAGACAGGAAGGAGACGAGUGGUUCAUACCCACUUAACCAGCAACCUCAGACUCAGCAGCAGUUUGGUCAGUCAGCUCAGCAGAUUCAAGCGCAGACUCAACCGCUCGCCAACACCAAACUGCAAAACUACUCCAACACCACCAAUCCCAAUAUGUCUGGUCUCACUGUGAAGGGCUCCAAUCAAUCCGCUGUCACCCCACAGCAAGCAGGAGGUUCCUCCAACCCUCCGUCCUCUUCGCCUUCCUCCUCGCUCCCUCUCUCCCAGCUCCUCCUUUCUCAAUCUGGCUUGUGCCAAGCUCGAGGAGUACCAGCUGCUGCGGCCACCGUAACCCACAUCCUGGUGCCCACAUCCAAUGUUCCCACAUCUUCUCAAGGCUAUCCGAUGGGCACGGUGGCAACCAAAUCCAACAUGACUGCCCAGACGUUAGUGGUGCAGCCACUCCAGCAGACGGGGGUGAAUCUGAGCUCGGAAAAACUGGGUCAUGGAACAGGGCAUGUGCCCAUUCAACCCAAAACGGCUCAGGGGCAUCGGCCGCCAGUGCAGAUGACACCUCGUCACCCACCGCCCAUUCUCCCAGCACCACCCAACAAUGGCCAGGCCACUGGGGGCCAUCACCCUCCCCACGUCCCAGUUCAGCUGGUUGGCGCAAGGCAGAGCACACUAGGAAACUCCCAGGCAUUAGCAGUGGCCCAGGCUCGGACCUGUUGCGCCCAGCAGGACGCCACAGCUGUCGUGCCCGUCAAUAACUCCGGUACCAAUGUUGUUACUAUGAUGACUCCCGGGGAAACAGGCGGAGCUGGCAUGUGCCUUAAAACAGCCCAAAGUGCCCUCCCAAUGUCUCAGAUGCAGACCAAUCAGUGCGCAGCGUUGAAUCAUGGCAAUUCUGCAUCUGUCACACACUCGAUGGAUGGACAGAAUAACUCUGGAGACUCCGUGUUCGUUCAGUCUGGACCAGUUCAGACAAAGCCUGUGAUUGGUCCAUUAAAAAGGAAAUCAGAAUCCGAUUUACCCAAUGAGAUGUCAACCGAGACCAUCAAUGCAAGUCUGUUAAUGCAAGACUCCGCCCCUCCUCUUUCACCAGCUCCCUCACUAGAUACAGCCCCAGAGAUGGCAUUCUCUUCUCCUCCUACUCUCUCUCUUUCUCUCCCUCUUCCUCGUGUUGGAGGACAGGGCGAUCGAGCACCUGUGCCACAGGCUGUGGUCAAACCUCAGGUUCUCACUCACCUCAUUGAGGGCUUUGUUAUCCAGGAGGGAGCCGAACCUUUCCCUGUGACUGGGCCAGUGAAAGAACUUCCUGUGGCUGUUCCACCCAUCCUACACCGAGAGAACAUCCGUUCUGAUAAGUUAAAGUGUGAAUACUGUCAAAGAUUUGCACCAGCCAACCAGUUCAGACGAUCCAAGCGCUUCUGUUCCAAAACCUGUGCCAAGAGGUACAAUGUCAGCUGCAGUAACCACUACCGUGUUAGUAGGGGUCUUGAGGGUGCUGAACGGCCACCAGGGAGCCCCGUGGUGCAGGAUGUUAUUGCUAGGCGCAGGGGUCCUCGCAGGAGCAGCUCUGAGAUUGCCUGUGCUAAAAUAUCAGGCAGGCAUCUUCCAGUAAAGUGUCGUUCAGAAUCUAGUCGUUCUGAGGACAUCUCCAGCUGUGAGGAAGAAGAAGACUUCUUCUCACUCUCUCCCAGCUCGUCCUUCUCAUGCCCAAGACCAACCCACUGUGGCCCUCAGUUGGAUGACACGGCACCAAGUGGCCUCCCAGUGGACGAGAACCACUUCUUAUCUGGGAACCCUGCUCGCUGGAGUGUGGAGGAAGUGUGUCAGUUCAUUUCUUCUCUUCAAGGUUGUGAGGACUUGGCAUCCCAGUUCCUGUCACAGGAGAUUGAUGGGCAGGCGCUGUUGCUUCUCAAAGAAGAGCAUCUCAUGUCCACUAUGAACAUCAAACUCGGUCCUGCGCUCAAAAUCUGCGCGUCUAUCAACAGCCUGAGGGAUUGAACGAGGGUCGGUGAGAGAGAUGAGUUGCAGGAUUAGAGCUUUAUACUUCCGUCGCCAGCCUGAGAAACGGAAACUGAUGGGGAUGAAAAGACUUUAGAUUUGACCUAAAGUUUACUCAAAACAACAGGGAAGAACGGGAGAGAAUGUCAUCUGAACGGUAAAAUAAUAAGUGAUGCCUUAUUAAAGGGAUCGUUCAACCAAAAAUGAAAAUGUUGUCUUCAUUUACUCUCCGUCAUGUUUUUCCAAACCUGUAUGUUUUUUUUGUCUUUUAAACAUAAACCAAGAUAUUUUAAAGAAUGUCAGUAACCAGACAGUUACCAAGAGUUACCAGGUAGCCAUUGACUUUGUUCCUACUAUGGAAGUCAAUGGCUACCAUCAACUCCUUGAUUACCAAAAUUCUUUAAAGUAUUUUGUUCAACAGAGGAAAGGAACUCAUACAGGUUUGGAACAACUUGAGGGUGAGUGAAUGAUGACCGAAUUUUCCUUUUGGGGUGAACUAUCCCUUUAAAAGCAAACAAUUUACCUUUAGUAUUUUUGUUUAAAUGUGAAAGCCUGCGUUAUUAAUGGUUUUGUCUUCAACGAUGGCUAGAUUGUACCUGACUAAUUCUCACUUUAAUUUGUCCAGUUUUCAAACACUUCGAGAAAGAAUAUUGGAAGUUAUCUUAAAGGAAAAAUAGCACAAAUAUGAUCAUGUAUAAUCUUUAAAUGACUAGAUCGUUUUGUUUGGAGAUGGUAAACAAAAACGUCUCAGUCCUGUAUUUUGAAUGUGCUACAUAUAUAAUAUUAGGGACUUGUUUGAAUGGGCAUGUGAGUCCUGCGUCUGUUUUUUUUUUUUUUUUUUGCUGUUACUGUAAAUGUGUUGUCUUUAAGUAUGUUUGUGUUCUUUUGUGAUUGGUGGUUGUUUUAUACAUUUGUAAUCAAAGUAUGACUGAUGAUGACAUUAGAGACAGUAAUCAAUGUUAUUCCUGUAGUGUUUUUGACUAUCAGAGUCAAAGACGUGAAUAAGUUGCCUUUCAAAAAAUAACAGUAUGUUGCCU